GUUUGUUACAAGUUUCCCGUCGCGGGCAGGGUGCGGGCGGUCGCGGCGGUGCGGGAGCCGUGGGCGGCGCGGGAGCCCGGUGGCGGCGGGGCGCGAUGCCCGCCUGGGGCUGCCGGCGUCGGGGCUGACGGGGCAGGCGGGAGCGCCGCCGUGAACGGAGCCCGGGGCCUCGGCUAGGGAGCUCCGCCGUUCCGCAAUAAACACUGCGCCGAAUGUCUCUUGUCCCUUGCAGCACGCUGCCAGCUGGUACCUCCCUCCUCUCUGAAGCGUAACCGGGGAGGGGGGUGGAAAGCAAAGGAAGUUUGGUAUUUAUUUUUUUCUUUAGGCUUUGGAAAGUGAUUCCCUCUCCCCCCCCGCGGAGGGCUGUAGCACGGAGUGCGGUGGCGGAGGAGAGAGGGGCACAGCUGGGAGCUGGCUGUCUGGAGCCUUGCUCCCCGCACCCCUGCCGCCGUGUACCUGAGGGUGCUGGAUGCAAGCUCUGCGGAGCUCCUCCAAGCGUAGCAGCAGCGGCUCGGCAGAUGUAGAUGCUGCGUGUGUGUAUGCUUAACCCUUUCUUGGCUCCUCGGAUUUGUACCAUGCUGAAGAUCCUCACCAAAAAGCUCAGGAACCAGAGUUUAAAUGAAAUUCAACCUUUCCAGCUAAAGAUCUCCUACCCCCCAAGUGAUGAGGACAGCGACGACUCUGAGGGAGAGAACCAGGAGCUUGCUCAGAUCGACAGAGAGAGAAGACGGAAUUGUACCUUGACCCCUCUGGCCACCAACCAGCUCCAGAACCAGGAGAACCAAUGCUGCAAGGUUCGAGCCCUCUUCCAUGCCAGUCUUGACCGCCACAGCUCAGAAGAGGAGCUGGAGCGCAUCAACCGAGAGUUUGCUGCUGAGAAGCGAAAGUGGUCCCAGGUCAGCAGGUUUGCCUGCUGCAGCGACAGCAACAACACCUCCUCCAGUGACGAAGAAGUGAAGAACUUGUGCACAAUGUCAUUCCGGCCUGUGGCAGAGCAGGCUGAUGGUGUGCACGCCAGCCCAAGCCCCGUGCUGUUCAGUGCCUCCCCUCCCAAAAGACUUCAACCCCUGGUGCGGAGCCCAGCCUCCAGACCUUUAAUCUUCACAAGCGUCGGGGCAGGCCUUGAGCAAGUCAUGCCUUGUAAGAGACAUCGUCAAGGAUAUGGGGAUAAGGUCAGCAGGCCCAGCCUUGAUCUGGAAAAAAUGCAGCAGAAGAUGCUGCUCAAGAAGAAUUGUGGAGCGAAGACUAGAGUUAUUAAAAUUCAUCCACCACAGAUCAGCUCUAUGGGACUGGAGAAGAGCUAUUGUAAAAUGCUGCUGGAUACAGGACUUUCUUGGGCACAGCUGCAUAUAUCUUGGGCUAACACCCAUAAGAAGAAUGAAGACCAAUUACAUCCCAGCACAGAGGCAAAAAUGAGGAAGCUGCUGGACUGUGAAGCAAUACUCUUGGAGAGAUCCUGUCACCCUCCGCUCUCUCCCUCCUUCAGGGGGAGGAGACACUUAAUGGCACUUUUCAAUCCUGGCUAACAAAGCUCUUUACAAAAGUCCUAGACCUAGUACCAGUGUCCUUCAGAGAGAUCCAGCUUUCACUCAUUGAGUACAGCUCCAUUUCUGUGAAAUUAGACACAUUUUACUGCUGGGCACAUCGGGCAGCAAGAGGUAAAUGCCAUGGGAGAGUCAGAGGUCGGGAGUGAGUCAGGAUGCAAUCUCAGUAGUUGAUUCUGUUUGGGCCUGCGCUUAAAAUGUCGCGUGCUUGUCUGUGUGUUUUGAGCCACAGAAGAGAAUCUGCAGAGCAUCAGCGCUUCACGGCAUGUCUCCUUGUCUGACUGCUUCACAAGAGCCGAUGACAGUUCUUAGGCAAAUCUGCUGAUUUGGAGAGAGAAAACGGUUUCAUCUGUUUUGUGGUGAGACACCUGAGAAGCCAAGAGAGCUGUUUCAGGAGGAAGCACAGAGAAGGUCUGUGUACUUACAGCUGUGCUUUCAACGCUGGAAAAUAAAUCAUCUUCCCACCACAGACCCCAUUAUAAUUACCCUAGCAUGUAAGAGCAAUUAGGAUGUUACUGCCUUGCUGUUACGGAGCAGUCUGGAUUGCUGUUUCUUGAAGAGGUGUAGAGGGAAUGGGGUGGUUAUUUGUGGUUGGGGAAUAAGGAGACAAACGAGUAAGUUACAAGAUUUCACACCAAUAUUCCUCUGGCUUUUUGCAAAGAAAUGUCAUCCCACCCUAUCACGAGCUGACAGCUCUGAUAUUCCCCUCCCCCCCAAAAAAGAAAUUUAUAAGAGCAAAUCUCAGACCUUCCCCGACUCCGCUCUGAUUAGGGAGGACAACAAGGGAGAGAUUUGGCUGCCCGGCUGCCUGGUGUUGUGCUGCUUCAUGCUGCCAGCUCAUAACCCAGCAGCCUGCCCAGCUCUGCUCGAAUGGCAAACGUAGCUCCUGCCCAGGACAGCUGUCAGGCUGGGAGCCAGCCCUUUUGGUUGACUCCUGGCAGAGGUGAGUGCACAGCCAACAGACGCGGGCUGGGGCUGGAGCCACACUGGGCAACGCCGGGUUUAGCCAGAGAUACCGCCCACGGUGUUCUGCACUGGAUGGACCUCCAAAAAAGGCUCCCAAAGAAGAGGGGCGGCUGGGAGACAGGCGCCCAACAAAAACAUUUUUGGUUCAGGUUCCACCGGGACUGAAGGCCCCACGCAAAACUUCGAAAUACAGAUUCAGAUUCAGUUUCUGCUUGGAGGAGGGAGAAAAUCAUGGUUCAGGCUGGUUUCUGGUUAGGUUCAACUCCCAGCAAAACCACUUGUGCAACUCAGGAGCGGGACAAAAGUAUGAAGGGGAUGUUUGGGGGUAUGGUAAAGUGGAGGUGGGCUUCAGGAUGAAGAUGAACAAAGGAAGAUGCUCAGCAUGACAUUGUUCUGCCCCGUGGGGAGCAAUGAAGCUUGAACUGGACUCAGCAUACAGGAGAAGCAACGGCAGAACAGAGGAGGGCCAGCAGCGGCAAAACAGACCCAACCAAGUCUGGUGGGACAAUAGAACAAGAUCAAAUUAAAUCAGGAGAAGCUAUUGUCAAGGGACGUCUUCAAAAGGUGUCUGCUAGUCGCUGGCUUCUGCAUGAAAAUAAAAUAAUCGAUUGACAAACAGAAGAAAGUGUAAGAAGCCGCUGGGUAAAUCUUUCCCUUUGGAACCGCCCUUUUGAAGCAGACUCUGCUUUGCUGGUAUUACAUUCGCCAGGUCUUAAAAAUUUCCUUAUGUAUGAAGAUUUUUGCGGUUCACACGAACACCAAUUUUUGUCAGAGUCCAUGUGUUGCAUUCAAACCAACUGCAUACAUUGUAUACUGACCGUACGGUCAAAGCUUCAGCAAGUGUAUCUCUAUAUACAGGGGUAUAAACAUGAUCCCUACAAAAAAGGGAGGCUCCGUGCCUUUGCUUUGAGCCUGGAGGAGCUGGUGAGCUGUCUGCUGUGCGUCCAAGCGCUCUCAUCACUGGGGCCAGCACAGGUGAGUUUUGAUCUGCUGUUCCACGAGCCUAAUCUCAAUUAGGCUUCCCUUGAGCAAUCACCUGCAGCUGGAUUCAUAUCACACGCGGGCUAUUCUUAGCUAAGAAUAGCCUGCACAUCUCAUUUCUGGGUGUUACAAGAAACUGGAUUUGAAACAGGUCCUCAGCAUAAACAGGCGAGUCGCUUGAAAUGCCCUAAGAGUGCAGUUUCGGCAGACUGCAUCCAGCAAAAGCAUGAACUUGAGUUUCAAGUGGUUUAACAGGUCAAAGCAGAGAAACAAAGCAAUAUAUUCAUGGUUGAAAGUGUGCAUACACCUGCAUAUACAUCCACACAGCUGCGCAAUCAACAAAACACUUCCACAAUUUAAAAGCAUAAUUAAGCAAAUCGGGCUGAUAUAUAGACCUUUCCUUUAACGUAAAGAACGCUUUUCACAUCUUACCUCACAUUCACUUUGAAAAUGAAACUGAGAGCUCCUAAGACAGCACUUCAUUUUCAGAAUGUAAAAAAAUGAACAUAAAACCCCCUCCAUAUCACGUCUACAGCUAUGCUGAGUGUGUGUGUAUAAUUCUGUGCCCCAGAACAGCAGAAUGUGGUGUUAUGCAGGUAUCAAAAUAUAUAUUGCUUUAUGCAUAGAACUGCAAACCAAAAUAUCUUGCAGGCAGCUGCCCAAAUAUUAGGUGCUCGUGGCCCUUAGGGCACUGAUGCCCCAUAAAUUUAAGAGUAUUUAUUAGGUGAAUACAGAACUGGAAGUUUUGUGGCAGUGGAAAGUAAGUAUGAUAAUGAGGUAAACACAUGUUGCAAAGAAAAUACCAACUGAUCGUGUGCUCUGUGCAGGAAAUAGCAGUUUUAAACAAUCCCUUUUUGAAUGCUGGAGCAAGGCCCGUGAGCUGGCUACAGGACGGUCUACUUGUUAAUGACAUCUCUCUGCGGCCUGUGGCUUUUUACGGUGCUGUAAACCCGGUUCGACAAGUAGGUAACCAAAUAGGUGCUGGGCUCCUUUGAAUGCUUUGAAGGACCUUAUGAAUGCUCCUUCCCAUUCCAGAAAGUGGAGUGCUACAUAUAGCUUCAGUUUUCCUUAGAUAAGGAAGAGGAAGCAUUCUUCAGGGGACCGUACCCACAGAUACAGCCGGGAUUCCCUCCUUGCGGUCGGAGGAGACCUACGGCACGGUGAGGUCUGUGCAUCAUGAGCUCCAUCUGGAGGUUGCUUGCUCUAAUCUGAGGUUUUGAAAGAAGAGGCGAGAAAAUGCAGCAGUGCUGGGUCAGAAUCACCAAGCCCCAGGGGCACCUGGAAAAAAAUGACCUUGCAAACCAGAAGAGCUGGAUAAUGUGGAGGUGUCACGCAGAGAAUGGUGGGUGGUGGGAUGAGCUCAAUUUGCCCAUGGUGGUGGGGGACCUUACAGUUACACCUGAGAUGUGGCCUUUGCCACAUGUUUUCUUAUCCAUUGGUGAACGCAGCAAAGAAGAGGCAGAAAAUGCAUCAUGCAGUCAAGGGCGUCCUGUUAGACCGCUUAUGGUGGAAGCUGCUGUCCUCCCAAGUGUAUUUGAAAGUCUGUCUUUACCCCCACCCUCAAAUGUAAGGGGGGUGGUGGAGAGGACAUCAGCCCAAACUGUGGCUUCCACAGAGCGCACACGGCGGAGGAAAAGGCCUGUCCAGAGGUUCAGGGCUAGGCAGUACGGGGAAAAGCACAGGUUUGUUAAUUUGAAUGAGGUAUUGCAGCAUGAGGCUCACCAAGCACUUUUUUGGGGUGUGGAGAAAGUUUCUGAUGACUUACGCCAGAUGUUCGAUCCUGGUGAAUUUUCUUAGCUCAGUCUCGAAGCUGUCUGCACGCACAGCUUCAACUAGAGUCCUCUACUGUUAAUUUAAGCAUUAUGAAUUCAGAAAAAAAUUUCAGACUGGGCCAGUACAAAGUCAGAGAGAGCUAAGACAUGAUCAGACUUUCCACCCAGCUACAGUAAAAGCUGUUGGGAGCCGGGUAUGCAGGACCCUGUCAGCCAGCUGCUGAAAGAAAAACGGGGUGUGUAAUUAAUCACCCAGGGUGCUAAACUGAUAUGCAACUAGAGUUUUCAUUUUCAUAGGCUCUUUUAAAGUUUUUACCCAUGAAACUAAGCAGUCUUCCGUAAGUGUUGGGUAUUGAGGUCUGCCAAUGUUAUUUCCUCCAUUUUUUUCAACACCGUUGAAAAUCAGAGUUAUGUGGGCCCUCUUCCACAAAGGUUGGACAGUGUGGUGCUUAAGGAAAAAAAAAAGCCAUUCUUGACAUGUACACAGACCAUCAGGAGAUCUUUGAUUUCCAGUAAGAACUGCGUUACUGUUGCCAGCAAGAUGUGCACAUUUGGAGGGAGGCCUGCAGUUCGUACAGAAAUAAGAUUAUGGCGAUGAUCUCUCACACAGUGUGUGAGAAAGAAAGCGAUGAAAAGGUGAAGGUUUAUCACCGUGUAGAUCCCCAUCUGUAUAAUAUGGUGGCCUCUACUUGCAUGUCCACACACUGGUUUAUGGCUAUCAUUGGAGGAGAAAGAGAUAUUUGACCAAUGACAUAUAUACCUGGCCAAAAAGGAAAAUAUUCAAAUCUGUCAUGUGGUGCAUGGCUGCAAGUAUCACGUGUGAACCUGCUUGGGGGAUGGCUAAGUGAUCAUUGAUGGGAUGCCAACAGCUUACCCUUUCCAGUCCACUCCAUACCUCGUAUUCCAGCAACUGCCCGAGGGAGGAGCAAAACCAGUUU